AUGUCAACAUCAUCCGAUUUCUAGCCUCCUUCUCCGAGUCUCUCGCCUAAUUCACAAAUAAAAUGUUAUCAAGAACAAUUAGAAAAAGCUCAUUCAAUGAUUGAUUACUUGGAGGUAAUGCUUUCAGAGAAGUAAGCAUUGAAAGAGAAUUUUAAUUCAUUUAAUAUGCCCAAGAAUAAGGGUCAUAUGAAGAAACAAAGUCUUUGCUUAGAUAAUAUUCCUUAAGCUAUUUAAAUUCAAUAAUUUGUUACUCCAAGAGAAACAAAUCAAUAAAUGAGAUUCUCAUCUACUAAUAUGCCUAGUUACAUUUCUGAAUUGCAAUAAAAACAUUAAGAAAUCCUCUCAUCUAAUAAAGAGAAAUCCACAGUUAAAAAGCUUUAAAUCUAAGAAAUAUAAGAAAAAGUAUAGGAUCUUUAAGAUGAAAUAAUUAUUUGUAAAGAAAGAUAAAAAGGGACUGAAUUCGCAAAAGGCUAAGCAGAAGAAGUCCUUGAAUAAAUUGAUGUAGAUAUUUUGCAAGCAAAACAAAAAUUAAAAUCAGUAAAAUCAUAAGGGGAGUAAAUCUAUGAUAGUAUGAUAAAAUUAGAAGAUUAAGAAUAUGAUAAAAAGUACUAUAUGGGCAGGACUUCUACAUUAAAGAGAAAGAGAAAUGAAAUCUAACCACCAAAUCAAAUCAAGAACUAGUUAACUUAAUUAAAAAAUGAAAUUGAAUAACUUAAAUAGUCCAAAAAAGAAAAAGAGGAAUUUUAUUCAUAAAAAAUCAAAGAAAUCGAACAUCAAUUAGAUUAAAGAAAAACAAAUGAGUCAGUACAUGAUGAUUAACUGAAUGCUUCCUUAAGUCCUGAUAGACAAAAAGUAAGGGUUUAUAGAGGGAAGUAAGCAUUAUUGCAACUUACACUCAAUUCUGAUUCUUGCUCGAGGUCUUAUGCAUUAAGAAAGUCACAGGAAAACAAAUUGAAUUCAGCAUUUGAUUUCAAACAAUUUGAUGAACAUGAAAAUGUUUCAAUAGAUUCUUUUAAGAAUAAAGAUAAAAAGAAUAGAACUUGUGAUCCUUGCACUAUCUUUUGA